AUGGCCAGCGUCAAGCUUGCAACGCUUGCGAUUCGUACAAUUGCAAAACCUAUCUCCGAGCAGCUCAAGACCUACGCAAGAUCGAACCAAAGAUUUCGAACGUUUUGUAUUAGCCUCGCUCAGGCUCUAUGGCGAACUGAAAUUCGAUUUCGAGAGACGAUGCUCGGUCAGACCCAUAGCGAAGUCAAACCUCUAAACGACGCAAAAGCAAUACAGAACGGUUCCAACUUCCUGGCAGAAGGCUUCCUGUUCUCGGUAGCAGCAGGUUUGAUCAUAGCAGAGACGUGGAGGUCAUCGAGAAAUCAGUCAAAACGAAGAGAUGGUGUCGAUGAUCGCUUAGAGGCACUCGAAUCAAAGAUGGGUGAGCUCACCGUCGCAGUCAAUGCGCUCAAUGAGCACCUGGAGAGCUUGGGAACGGACAUUCGUGUAGAAACGACGAGAAACGACGAACUCUCGAGGGUUCUGCUGCGCGUUGUAGAGAUUGGGCUACGAGGGGGGUGGGCAGAGUUUGAGCAAAAUCCUAUUCAGCUUCCACAACCUGAUGUGGACAAAUUCAAACCUGCCUCUGUGCAAACAGCAACUGGUCCGACCAAGCUAUCCGCGUUGAUCGAUUACUAUAACAAGUCUCGAGCAGCGCUGGACGCAGAAUCGACUUCAUCGGAUCCAAAGGCUGGGACAGGAACCACCGAAGAUGAAUCGGGGCGCGGCAGCCGAUGA